CUUCUCAACUUUUCUUCUUUAUUUUGAGUCCUUUCGAUAAGGAAUCGUUGGUACAUGGUUAAUGCAUAAUGAUAUGAAAAACCGUGUUCUCCGUUUUUUCACAUUCCGUUGAACGCACAUAGGCGAGAUAUUCGAUUUCCUAACCCUGAUUUUACUGGGCUAGAAAGUGAAGGGAUUAAGCUAUGGACAUUGAUGGGGAAAUGCAGAUGGACAUUGGGAGUAGCAGUUAUCCCAGUUGCCUGAGUAGUUUUAUUGACACGGGCAGCCUAGAGUCCCACAGGUACUACCUGUCACGCAGGACUGUGCUGGAGAUGCUUAGGGAUCGUGGCUACGCGAUACCUGAUGCAGAGAUUGAACUCUCGCUUCAAGGGUUCCGGGAUUACUAUGGAGAAGAUCCAGAUGUUAGUCGACUGAGGAUCUCUGCUUCUCACAAGGAUGAUCCAAAUCAGAAGAUUAUGGUGAUUUUCUCUGGGCCUGGGGCUGUGAAAGUAAAUACUGUACGUGAGAUUGGGAGUGAUAUCAUGAACAAGGGCGCUUUAAGUCGGCUGAUGCUAAUUGUGCAGAAACAACCAACUUCCCAGGCCACAAAAGCUUUGGAACUCUUUCCCUUCAAAGUUGAGGUUUUUCGGAUCACAGACUUGCUAGUUAACAUCACCAAACAUAUCUUGAAGCCUAAGCAUCAACUUCUAACUCCUGCAGAGAAACAAAAUCUUCUGGAGAAGUACAACGUUGAGGAAAAACAGCUACCUCGGAUGUUGCAAAAAGAUGCAAUUGCGCAGUAUUAUGGACUCCAGAAGGGUCAGGUGGUGAAGAUCACCUACAGCAGUGAAGCAACUGAAACACGGGUUACUUACCGAUGUGUUUGGUGAUCAAAUCACGUUGAACUCCUUAUCCUCCUAACAUGAGACUUCUCUGAAUCUGAUCGUAUUGAUUGUAUCUUCUGAGCCUUUAGUUAAAACAUCAUGUUGUAAAUUGUUGAAGUGCUGUAUUUUUAUGAAUUGCUGUCCCUAACUAUCGAAUGCUUUUGUUGAGUGACUGAUUUAGUUGAUUAAUGGUAACAUGCUCGUGGGCUUUCUGGAUGGUCAUGAUGAUACAUUUUACAUGCCAUCCGAAACUGCAAUUCGUCUUUUAUGAUCUGAUCCUGUAGAUUCGAUAACGCUACCUAUUGUUUUCUUUUUAAUGGAAGUUGAAAGUGUAGUGAUCCAAAAUCUUGAAACAAAAUAGUGUUUUCUCCUCCUCCCCUCUGUUUUCCCUUUGGUUACUGCAACUUUCUCUGUCAAUUUGGG